AUCUGCAACGCCCCCGUGACCUUUCAGCGAGCCAUGAACAUGGCUUUUUAUAAUUUCGUGAGAAAGACUCGUUUGGCACAGAGCAUCGUCAACUACUGCGUGAUUGUGUACAUGGAUGAUAUCUUGGUGUAUUCGAGUUCCUACGAGGGACACGUGCAGCACAUCGAAUGGGCACUGCACGCGUUACGGGAUGCGGGCUUCAAGGUGGCGCUUGAGAAGUGUAAGUUUUUUCUUACCACCAUUUCCUCCCUAGGGCACGUGGUGACAGACAAGGGACUCCAGCCGGAGCCACAGAAGGCGACAACUAUUAGGACUGCACCGGUGCCUACAACAAUCACGCAAGUUCGCGCCUUUCUGGGCCURGCCUCGUACUACCGAAGAUUUAUCAAGGGCUUCGCGGCGAUUGCGGGACCCCUCAUGAAUCUGCUGCGCAAAUAUUUAUCGUUGAUCUGGACGCCGGAGUGCGAUCAAGCGUUUUCCAAACUCAAGGCUGCUCUCAUUUCGACUCCAUUCCUUAUAAGACCGGAUCCCGAAAAGCCUUUUGUUCUCAUCACUGACUGGCAGCCAGAGGCAAUUUCGGCGAUCCUUGCCCCGGUGGGACCGAGCGGACUCGAGAGUGUGGUGGAGUAUGCCUCCAAAUCGGUGCCAGCUUGCAAGCGCAACUACGCUGCUCCAAUGGGGGAAUGGUACGCGGCUCUUUGGGGAAUCAGCCACUUUCGCGCUUACCUGUACGGGCAAAAGUUCACCUUGAUAACUGAUCAUGAGCCCCUGUUGGCUUUGAAGAAAUCGAAGGAUUACUCUGGCAUGAUCGGGCGAUGGGCAACAGUGCUGCAGAGCAUGGACUUUGACAUUCGUCAUUGGAAGCACGAGAGACACGGGAAUGCGGACGAACUGACACGACUGCACCGGCCUGAGAAGGUUCCGAAGAGUGAGGAGGUAAUUCCGUGGAACGACCCCGAACAGGAGAUCAGACCUCGAUACGGCCAAGUGGAGAUCUUAUCGAAGCAGUGAGUGACACGAGGACUAAUUGGUCUGUUCUACCCUCUUUGCAUCCCUUCCUUCUUGUCAUCAUGACUCUCCCACUUGCCUCCGCCACCCCUGCAUCUCCUAAUAAAUUUUCCCCUCUCAC